AUGGCAGGCUCACUGUCUAAAAAUGAUUCCAACAUUACAUUAGAAAUUCGGACUAAAUCUGUGGAGCAAACUUUAAUUCCUUUGGUCAGCCAGAUCACCACCUUAGUGAAUCAUAAAGACAAGACGAAAGUAAGUGAGAAGUCACAGCGAGCCUUAGUUAAAGUUGGACAGUUAGUGAAUAUAGCUGUAGAAAGAUUUGUAGUAGUAGGAGAGUCAAUAGCUGAUGAAAAUGUGGAAAUACGAGAUGACAUGCUGGAUGCUUGCCUUGAAGCUAAAAUGGCAGGUAAGUAUGAAAAUAGUGUACAAAUUAAGAUUUGUGUCUAUUUAAUCAGUAUAUCAGACAAGUCAGCUAUGAUACGUUCUGCUCGCCAAUUAUUGUCAGCCAUUACUAAAGUAUUAUUGUUAGCUGAUAGAAUUGUAGUCAAACAGUUGUUACAAGCUAAAGAUAAGGUACUACAAAGUUUAUUAGUGGUAGAGUCAGUCAAUAGCUUUACAGAGUUUGUUAAAUCAUUCAGUCAGUUUGGUACCGACAUGGUUCAACUGGCACAUCUCUCUGGUGAUCGACAAAAUGAUUUAAAAAGUGAGAAACAUCGUGCCCAGAUGGGAUCAGCUAGAGCCAUUUUAGAAAAAUCUACCAUGAUGUUAUUAACAGCUUCUAAGACUUGCCUACGUCACCCUGAUUGUCAAGCAGCCAGACGGAAUCGGGAUGGUGUUUUUAUACAAAUGAAAAGAGCUUUAGACUUAUUACAACAUAUAGUAACUGACGGUACAGGUUUUUUCAUGAAUGGAAACUCCUCUCCUACAGCUAAUGGUGAUUCUGGUAUUGCUUUAAACACUUCUCAACCUACUGCCAGUCGUGCUUUUAAAGAUUUUGAGGAUCAAGUAGAGUUAACAAGGAUCACGCUAAUUGGACCAGCAACAGAAGAGAAGCUCCAGGCUGGAAUUGAUGCAGUGGUAGAAGGUGUCCAAGACUUCACAGAUUCUCCCUAUACCUCACAUGAUAACAGAGAGAAAAUAGUCACCUUAACCGACAGUCUACGCAAUCAACUCAAAGCUUUAUUAAAAACUGGCCAUAAUAUGGUAAGAAUAUUUUACAAGCUCAAUUUUUACUCUGCUGUCAGCGGAAUAUCCCAACAAAAUUUCAGGAAAGAAAUGUAUAAAUGUAUAAAGCUCAUUUCAAUGGAACAAGCAUCAGACCUUUUUAAAAUGAAUGAAGAUCAUGAAUUAUUACGUGGAUUACAGAGAGCUGGUAUUAAUGGUGAGGUGGAGUAUGUUGAUGAGUUAACUAUUAAAUUUGAUGAACAUCAGGAGCAGAUAGAGGAGGUGUGUAAGUUAUUUCGACACAUGGCUACAACAGAGCCACUAGUGAUAACAGCAGAGCAUAAUGAUACAUUUAUACAUAGUAUUGGUCCUUUGACAUUAUAUUCAGCACAGACAUUAGCCCAGUAUCCCAAUAGUAAAAUAGCUCGAGAGAAUUUAGAUGUUUUUGCCGAUGCAUGGGAAUCCCAGAUCAAUGAUCUCUCCAUACUAGUCAAAGAAGUCAAUGACGUCUGUUUGGGUAAAAUGGAUAAACUCGUCUAUUUGUCACUACCAAGACCCGGGGAGCAAGCAAAGAUUGCUAAAUUAGGAUUGGAAAUGAAGUUAAUAACAUCAGAAAUGGAUGCAGAAACAGAUAAAUGGGAGGAACCAGAUAAUGAAAUUGUCAAGAGAGCUAAAAAUAUGUCCAGUAUGGCCUUCUCUAUGUACCUCUUUACUCGUGGUGAGGGUGCGCUACGAACUACCCAAGACCUCUUCGUUCAAGCUGAAUUUUUUGCUGAAGAGGGAAAUAAACUUUAUAAAACUGUCCGUGAUUUUUCUCAGAGGGUUCCAGUGUGUCCUGUUAAAGAAGAAUUAUUAACGUAUUUAGAACGCAUUCCUGUCUGUUGUCAACAGAUACUGUUUAAUCUGAAAUCAUCCACAUUUGGCAAAACACCAACUUUUAAUAAGGUUGACAGCACUAUCCAAGAAACUAAAAAUUUAAUGAACAUUAUAGCUAAAAUAGUCACAACAUGUUUUAUCUGUGCAACUAAGGUAAGCACCAAAUUAACAAAACUAUAUUGGAACCAUACAUAUAAAAGGAAUGAAACUCGCUUUGAGUAA